AUGGAGGAGAAAGGCAAAACAAGAAGGGCACAUUGUUUGGUGUUACCAUAUCCAUCUCAAGGUCACGUCAAUCCCAUGCUUCAAUUCUGCAAGCUGUUGGAGCAUCAAGGGGUGAGAAUAACACUUGUCACAACUCGUUCCUACUACAACAAUUUGCAAAAGAUGCCUCCUUCCAUUGCACUUGAAACAAUUUCUGAUGGAUUUGACAAAGGGGGGGUCUCAGAGGCUAGGGGCUUCACACUCUAUUUCAAACGUUUUUUGGAAGUUGGGCCAGAAACUUUUGCUCAGCUUCUUGAGAAACUUGGUGGAUCAGAAGAUGACCAUGUUGAUUGUGUAGUCUAUGAUUCAUCCCUCCCCUGGGCACUAGAUGUUGCCAAGAGAUUCGGAGUAGUUGGUGCUGCUUAUUUCACUCAAAACAUGACUGUUAGUAACAUCUACUAUCAUGUUCACUUGGGAAAGUUGCAGGUUCCUCUCACAGACCAUGAGAUUUCCCUCCCUGCCAUGCCUAAACUUCAACACAAGGACAUGCCUUCUUUCUUCUUUACAUAUGAACAGAAUCAGUUUAUGUUUGAUCUUGUUCUGAAUCAAUUCUCCAACAUUGACAAAGCUGAUUGGAUCAUGUGCAAUAUCUUUUAUGAGCUGGAGAAAGAGAUAGUAGAUUGGAUCAAGAAGAUUUGGCCUAAAUUUAGGACCAUAGGACCAAACAUACCAUCUUUUUUCUUAGAUAAGUCAGACGAAGAUGAUCAAGAAUAUCAGAUCACACAAUUCAAGAGUGAAGAUUGCAUGGAAUGGCUAGACAAUAAACCAAAGGGGUCUGUUGUUUAUGUAUCAUUUGGGUCUAUGUUCAAUCUUAGUGAGGAACAAUUACAGGAACUAGCUUCGUGUCUGAAAGAGUGCUCAAGUUACAACUUCUUGUGGGUGGUUAAAGCUUCUGAAGAGAUUAGGCUCCCUAAAGAUUUUGAGAGAAAAACAGAAAAGGUUUUGGUAGUGACAUGGUGCUCCCAAUUGAAAGUUUUAGCUCAUGAGGCUAUAGGGUGCUUUGUGACACACUCUGGUUGGAAUUCCACAUUAGAAACUUUAUGCUUAGGAGUUCCAACAAUUACAAUUCCAUAUUAUUCUGAUCAGUUCACAAAUGCAAAGCUAAUGACAGAUGUUUGGAAGAUUGGAAUUAGAGUUCCAAUUGAUAAAAACAAAAUUGUUAGACGACAAACACUAACGGAUUGCAUAAAGGAAAUAAUGGAGAGUGAAAAAGGCAAAGAGAUGAAAAGCAAUGCAACACAAUGGAAGACUUUGGCUGCAAAGGCUACUGCUGAAGGUGGAAGUUCUCAUGAAAAUAUUCUAGAGUUUGUGAGUAGUUUGCUUCAUUCAUAA